AUGGGCCUCUUAUCCGAUCCUGAAUAUGGCUCAAUGAGGUUUAUAAAAGUUUUAAAAAGAAUCCAUUAUCCAUUAUGUUUUCUUUUCUACAUUGGUGCAUUGGUGUGGUUCUUCCUGCUUGGACAUCGAGAAUUUAACAACGAUACGUACUUCUCUGAAAAUGCUCUCCUACCAGGCUUAGUGACGAAUGAAUUCAAUGGAGAGCAAACUGCUAAACAAUACCACAACGAAUUUUUGCAGGAACUAGAGGACAAAUAUGAAGACACAGAUGAGAUGCCAGUACCGUGGCUGGUUGCCAAGAUGUCACAACUCCAUUUAGAAGUCUACACUCACAAUUUUACCCUUAACUAUCCUCUUGGACAGGGACAGGUAUUCAAGGGAACAAAUGUUUAUGGUAUUUUACGAGCACCACGGACAUCAUCAUUGGAGGCUCUUGUGCUAACAGUUCCUUAUAGACCAUUAUCAUCACACCAAAAAGGAACAACAGCUGGCGUAGCAUUGAUGCUGGCAUUUGCUCAAUUUGCAAGAUCAAAAAAUUAUUGGGCAAAGGACAUAAUAUUCUUAGUAACUGAACAUGAACAACUUGGUAUGCAAGCAUGGUUAGAAGCAUACCAUGGUUUACAAAGCAAUCCUGGAACCUUCUACACUAAUCUUGGAAGCUUUUGGAAAUCUACUGAUUCAGAGAGGAAAUCAAAAAAGUUUGGUAGUGGAUUUGAUUCUUGGCUUGAUCAUAGUCGAUGCUUAGACCCAGGAACCUUAAAAGGAAGAUCUGGCUCCAUACAAGCUGCCAUUAAUUUGGAAUUUCAUACACCUAAAAUCAAAUACAUAGAAGUGAAAGUGGAAGGGCUGAACGGUCAACUGCCAAACUUAGAUCUUGUUAAUUUGGUGCACAAAUUAUGUGUUAAGUCAGGAAUAUACCACUCCUAUAAAAACAGUUAUGCCUGGGUGCGACACCGCAACAAUAUGGAUGCUUGGAUGAAUGGCAUAUGGACAAUGCUAGGAAUGAUGUCUGCUCAAAUAGCUGGGGUGCCUAAUGGUAAUCACGGACUCUUCCACCGUUUUGGUAUAGAAGCAGUGACACUCGAAGGCCGAGAAGCCGAUGACCCAGCGGGGAACCCUCCGCGAAUACACCAACUUACCCCCUCCAACUUCUACAGAUUGGGUACAGCCCUCGAAAGCAUUUUUAGAUCGCUCAACAAUUUAUUGGAGAGAUUUCACCAAAGUUACUUCUUCUAUUUACUGGCGGCUACCGAUAGGUUUAUUUCAAUCGGUCAAUACAUGCCAUCACUGUGCCUGCUAUGUGGUGCUAUGUUAAUCCGCGCUUUAUCGCUAUGGGUCUCAUUACAAAAAGACGAAGAACCUGAAAAGAACGAGACAGAAAUAACAGAUAAAAAGAAUGAAGAUGAUGAUGAUAAAGACGUAGAACCUAAAAAUGAAGAUAUAGUGCAUGAGGGUUUACGCAAACGUAUAGUUAAGCCUGAAACAGCUCUUAAACAAGAUACAAAAAUGAAAGAAGAGAAACAAUUAAGUGAGAGGGAAAGUAAAAAAGAUGUGGUUGAGGACAGUAUUAGCGUUGUCAGUAUUGGUGCCAAUUACUUCUUGGUGCAUCUAAUAGGAUUAGGCGUAAUGAAUUCACCAGUAAUUUUUAGUUAUAUUGGUGCUAAAUAUUUCGAUCAACCAUCCGAAGUGUCUGUGUACUACGGCCUUAUCUGUGUGUCUGCAUUAAUUGCCGUUAUUUCACCUUUCUUAUUGAAAUUAUUUCGAAAUCGUCCAGCUAAUAGAGAAGAGUUAACUAUUAUAAACAUACUCUUACUUAUCGAGAUGGCGACUCUUGGUGUCAGUUUGGGAAUGCAUAAUAUAUCUCUAGGAUUAUGCGUAUGCGCACUUUAUACGCCCCUUGCACUAUUCGUUGCAGUUCGGUCGAAAGAUGUUAAGGAGAGAUCGAUAGUUGUGUUCUGUAAGCAGUGCCUCUGCCUCUUGCUUCACCCGCUGGUGACGCUAACCGCUUGUAUGAUGGUGUACUCCCGGAUUCUGUUCCCGGAAGAGGCAAUACUUGGUGCGUUGUCGAGAGGACGCGACGCCGCUAUGCAGGCUAUUAUGUUCUCUAUCGUGGAUUCUUUGAUCUACGGAAACUGGUUGUUCAACGUGGCGACGACAGUUUUGUUACCAACCUGGAUUAUAUCUUGGCAAAUUUUAUGUAAUACCGUAGCGGGCUAG